AUGGCGAUCAUAGCACUAGAGGUGAGAAACCUGAUCGCAAACCAGUGGAAACAACCACACUGUCCCUCCAAACCCUCCAAAAUCCAACAAUAUUACACCUAUGAACGCAUGUACACCAAGACAGCGGCACAAAGAGGAUGCCUACAAUCCUCUUGGGCGCCGUGGGUAGAAUACUCGGACAAACAACUCUACCAAAAUCCUCCAUUCAACCGCCACAACACUCCAGAAGGUUCUCUAUCCCCAAACCCGGACACAUCUGGAGAACAUCUGGCGGGGACACACUGA